UCACCCACCGCCCCAAAACAAAGGGGGCCGCCAGCAGCAUGUUGCGCUUUCUGAGCCGUCGAAAGGGCCGCAGUGCCGCGGCCGAUACGGUCGACAGUCAGAUCAAGUCGCAUCGCAUCCCGACGAACAAGAACCUGAUCCCGUGCCGUGUGAUCUUGCUCGAUAAUACGGAUCUUUCGGUUGACCUCACGAAAAAAGCGAUGGCCAGCGAUCUGUACGAGCAGGUUUUCUAUUCUCUCGAUCUGAUCGAGAAAGACUACUUCGGGCUGCAGUUUACGGAUGCGAACAACGUCAAACACUGGCUCGAUCCGACCAAGGCAAUAAAGAAACAGGUGAAAAUUGGGCCACCGUACACGCUCCGGUUGAAGGUGAAGUUCUACUCAUCCGAACCGAACACCUUGCGCGAGGAGCUGACGCGUUACCAGUUCUUCCUGCAGCUCAAGCAGGACCUCCUCGACGGUAGGCUGGAGUGUCCGGAUCCGCAAGCGUCCGAGUUGGCCGCUCUAGCGUUGCAAUCGGAACUUGGUGACUUCGAGGAGACAGUUCAUUCGGCCGCUACCGUGUCCGAGUUUCGCUUCGUACCGAAUCAAACGGAGGAGCUGGAGAUCAUGAUCCUGGAGGAGUACAAGAAGUGCCGUGGGCUUACGCCCGCUCAAGCAGAAACGAGCUUCCUCAACAAAGUCAAAUGGUUGGACAUGUACGGCGUCGAUAUGCAUACCGUUUUGGGAAAAGACGGUUGCGAGUAUCAUCUCGGUCUAACGCCGACGGGCAUCCUCGUGUUUGAGGGCAUCCAGAAGAUCGGUCUCUUCUUCUGGCCCAAGAUCGGCAAGCUGGACUUUAAGAAGAAGAAGCUGACACUCGUGGUUGUGGAGGACGACGAUCACGGACGUGAGCAGGAACACACGUUCGUGUUCCGGCUGCACAACGAGAAAGCCUGCAAGCAUUUGUGGAAGUGUGCGGUAGAGCAUCACGCCUUCUUCCGGUUGCGUGCUCCGGUUAAGGGUCCAUCGGCACGGCAGAACUUCUUUCGUAUGGGCUCCCGGUUUCGCUAUUCCGGCAAGACGGAGUUUCAGACCACGCAGCAGAACCGAGCUCGCCGGACGGUGCAGUUUGAGCGGCGACCGUCACAGCGAUUCGCUCGGCGUCAGUCACACGUGUUACGCGAGCGCCAGAAGCAGCAGGUUCCACCGGCGUCGUCCUCCGGUGACCUGUUGCACCCACCUACCACUGCACACCCUGCCCACGUCACCACUGCCAGCUGCUCCUCGGCCGAUGAGGGUCAGCAUUCCACUUCCGGUACGUCCACUCCAUCCGCGAACACGGUGAUACACAAUCACAUGCCGGGCUCGGGCAGCAGCACAUCGGACAUUGCUCUGGCCGGAUCGGGUCUGGUGGGGUCGUCCAGCGGUGGUGGGGCUGGCCUGCUGUCGGUAGGACUGCUAAACGGGAACCUGCCGUCACUCAGCUCGAACAAAUCGAUCUCGUCCAGUGAGGACGUAGCGGUGUACGGCGGUAAGAUGGGUUCCUUCGGGAAAGCGGGCCUAACGCACGUGACCGUCGGUGGUCGACAUGAGGAUGCCGGAAAGCCCAUCAUCGAGCAUGAGAUGAGUACGUUUGGACGGUUUGGUGGCGGUACCGGCGGUACGCAUCAUGGUGGCUCGUUCGGGAAGGCGUCGAUUAGCUCCGGAUUUAGCAUCCACACGACGGCUUCCUCGGACCGGGACAGCCAGCUUGAUACGCUGCUGAAGACGAUAGCGAAGGACCCGUCACCGUCGCUGCACGGGGUGGAGCUGAACGACGCUAGUAGCUUUAAGAUCACGAUCAACAAGACUUCCGAGCUAGAGACUAACAACGACACGCUGAAGAAGCUGGCCACCUCACCGCACGCGGAAAAGCCGAACAACCAGAUCAAGCUGUCGAACAGUGCGGCAGCGGCUGCUGGGGCCGGCGUUCCGUUGCCGCCCGGUCAGAUCAAGUGCAAUAUCUUGAAAGCACGCGUUGAGGAAGAACUGCAUCCGAAGCUUACUAAUCACCAGCUGUACGUGCCGAGCCAGCCUCUACACGAGGGUCCCGAGUCAUUGAAUGCAGCCACGUUCGUGUCGGUGGGUGGCGACAAGCUAACACUAAACCUAACCGGUACAACGACCAGCCUGCCGACUUCCAGUGGCCACACCACGAUCACGUCCAUGGUUGCAUCGCCCAGUGCGGUGGUGACCCGUCUAACCUCAUCGCCGACCGGAACUGCCAGUAGCAGCUGCUUCCUGCCAGGAUCGGUGCAGUCGACAACGGUUUCUUCGUUCCAAACCACCUCCGGUGGUGGAGCAGGCGCAGGUCAGAUGACCACCGUCGAGUCACCGACGCUGCCCUUCACCAACGGCAUAGCAGCGAUGCCGGCUGCUUCCCUUACGACCGACACCGUCACGGUGACGCACUUCUCCGAGCAGAAGGGAGGCGUUGUGGAGAAGAUCAGCGUUCCACAGGCAGCAUCCUCCCCCGUAGGUGGCCUCGCGAUGGUAACCGACACGAACGGAAGCUCCACCGGAGCCGGCAGCACAGCGGACAGCGAUGUCGAUAGACUGCUGCGGAACAACACGAACAAUCCGUUCCUGAACAUGGCCUCCAAUCCGUCGUCGCCGGUACGCACGAAAUCAACCAACCCGUUCCACAAUCUCUCCGGUACGAGCAUUGCCUCUACGUCCUCUUCGCCUCCACCUGCGGUUGCACUGGUGGAGGACGAGCAGGAACUGCCGGUAUCCGAGCGUGCUCAGGAAGAGAAGAUCGCAUCCACCGUGCGUGUGAGCGAUUUUAAGAGCAGUAACCCUUUCAAGAUGGAUGAGUCCUGUGAGCCAUUGGGUGGAACGCCGGAUGCAACGAAAAGCCUAGCGGGGACGUCCUUUAGCAAUGGUGGCGAUAGCAAGAGCUGUACGGUAGGAACAGCACCAAGCACUGGACGAGAUGUGAUUGAUAGCAAUGGUGUGGCUCGGACCACCGGUGCCGGUAUGUCCAGUUCAACUGUCGGUGCAGCUACCCUAAAGGAUCGAAUGAAAGAGAACAUCAAACCCUCAGCUGCAGACAUAUCGCCGUGGCUGGUGUCGUCCGAUGUGGUCAGCGGUCCAACCAAACCCAAGGAGGCAACGAUUAUUCGAAAAUCGGUUAUUACAACCCAGCUAUAGUUGAGAACCCUUUAGAAUCGAUAAUGAAAUAGGCGAGGCACAUACCCUGGUACGAUCUUAGUUUUAAGUCAAUAUUUUAUACGAACAAAGAACUUUGAAUGUUUAAUGAACUACUGAUGCAAGUUAUCUGCUAGGAAUUGGUUGAUUCGUUUGAUUUGAGCUUCAUAUGUGCUAACAUGGAAUCAAACAAACCUUUUGCUGCUGAUCGCGUCUUGCAAGAUAGUAGCAAAAGAGUUAUUUUGUGAGUAAAGACAGGAGGAAUUGAAUGUAUUCUAGUUUUGCUGCCCAUGUACUUUAAAGAGCCCGUCGCAGAAGGGUGCUGCUUUUUGGAGAAGGUAAAAAAUGCCUUGGACUGGAUUUAAAAAAGAAGAAUAAUAAGAGAAAGGGAAAGAGAAAGAGAACGAAAUAAAAAGAAACCCUUUUAGUAUUAGAAGUGAUCUCAGUACAUUCCAUUGUGGUGGAUACGGUCUGAUAUUUUGCCUUGGCUGAAUUGCACUCGUUCCUCACCGCAAAACUAGCUACUGAACAGUACGAAAAGAGACAACGAAUUUUAAACAAUUAGAUUUAAUCAGGAUGCAAGUGACGUGCGUUGUUACACUGAUCGUUUUCCAUGCAUCUAUACCGAAGGGCGCUUGAGUAGCGUUGAUUUUUCGGAAGUGCUUAGAUUCUGUGUAUAGCAGCGUGAAAAUGAUAGUAGUUACACCCAACUUAAUACAACUGAUUUGUGAUUUUAUCUAACUCUGCUGGCACACCUGGAAAUUCCGGGGAGCAUAAACAGUCACGAGCGAAAUUCCUCGAUUGAGCAUGCAUUUCCAUCAGUAAAGUUUUACGUAAACGCUUUUAUCCGACGAGCCACAUAUGCAGUUAGGUUGAAAAUGUUCGGUUAACCGACGGGAGCAUGUUCGAAGCAAACAAAAAUACCAGAUGCUGGCAGGCAGUUAAUCAAAACUACAUAGCAACUAUGUAAGUGCCUCUGUUGUGUGACAAAGUGAGUGGAGCGGAAUAUCCGGUAGAGUAGACAAUUGAUUUUAAUACCUGAGCCGAAUGUGUUUGAUAA